AUGAAACUGGCAUCUUCACUGCAGAAGACCAGUGCCUUGGAGAAGCAUUUCCACACCAAACAUCCACUUCGCCUGUUCUACCGUGAUGUGUUGGACGAGGUGGAGGGAUGCAAGGGCUACUUCGACCUCUCUGCUGUUUGGUCACGCCUGGCCCCUUCUGGGAACAUCUACCGCCUCAAUGCGCUGCAUGAGGUUCGCUUGAGGCACUGUGCAGAUCUGCAAGCCCAGCUGCGAGACAUGGCGGAGGAGUACGCAGAGACUUUGGGAGGUACCCAGGAAGAGCGCUACAGCAUGCUGGUAGCAGCUCUGAAGGAAGCAAAGGUAGAUUUGGACGAAGCCUAUGAGAGUGCUGAGAAGGGCUGGGAGCUUGACAGCUUCAAGACAACAGGGUUCCCACCGCUGGAAGAGUUUGUAGUAGGUAAUGUCAAAAACCUUGCUGGUCUCUGCGUCGUUCCUACGGAUCCCGGAGCGUGGAAGGACUGGUGCACGGCGAAACUUGUUGGCUGCAUGGUCGCCGUCGUCCAGAUCUUGGGUCCAGUGAUGGUUGUGCUAAGCCUUUGGGAGGAUCCAACCAACUACUUGCAGCAUCCCCUGGAGACGUUUGAGCGCCUCUCAGUUAGCAGCAUCUUCUGCACCGACAGAAGCCGCGGAGAAUGGUGCACCAUUCUUAUGGGAGUGGUGUUCUCCUUCUUUGUGGUUGUCCAGCUUUUGAACUAUGCAGCACAGGAACUGGAGGAUGCAUACAAAUUUGGACGGCUGGCUGGCUGCGCCUCCUUCUGGGCAUUUGCAGGUGGCUACAUCAAUGCAUGGUGUGUGAUGUGGAACAUCCUGGUGUUGCCAGUAUGCUUCUGGAAGCUGACUCAUGCCUCCCAAGUUGUGCUGAACGCGAUGACGAUUCUUUUCAUGUUCAAUUUGGACGACCUGACAGGGACUGCUGGAGCAGUGCUUGGUACAAGUGACGCUCUCUUUCAACGUGGCCUGUGUUGGAAUUAUGCCUUGCUGUCGCAGUGCCCAAUAGAUCUGCGAGAUGUGGUGAACCCGAAGGCCACUUCUGCUGAAGACUUUUGGCAGCUGCGCUUGACUGCCACGGCGCUCCAGUCAACCAGAGCAUCGGAAAGCGCUGGGGCCUCUCGCAAUGCGGAAACCAGAAUUUCCCCAUUUGAGCAGACGCCGCUGCUGGCCACCCAGAAGGGGCACGGCAUCCCAUCGCUGGAGCAGAUGAAGGUCUGCAUGCGCUUCUCCAAGGACGGCAUCACAUACCAGCUCCCCAGUGCUCAUUCCACUGUGCAGGCCAAUGUUUGGCAGCUGAUCGUAUGGCUCCUUCGCCUGCUCCAAGUCCUGAUGCCGGUGUUCUACUUCAUCGUGAACAAGCCAUGUAUUCAUGCAACUGAUGUUCGAAAGCAUUGA